CACACAAAGAGGCCGGAAAGUGUCCGGAGGAAGCCGGCGCGUCACUGGGGACGGAGCCGGGACCCUGCCGCGCCCGCCCAGCCGCCACCCGUCCCGGGGACACCGUCCGACACCCAGUCGCGCUCCCGCCACCGCCACCACCACGGCCGCCGCCAAUGAGACUCCUCCCGCUCCUAGUGGUUUUUUCCACUUUGUUGAAUUGUUCUUAUACUCAAAAUUGCACCAGAACUUGUCUUCCAAAUGCAAAAUGUGAAAUACGGGAUGGAGUUGAAGCCUGUUAUUGCAACAUCGGAUUUUCAGGAAAUGGCGUCACAAUUUGUGAAGAUGAUAAUGAGUGUGGAAAUUUAACCCAGUCCUGUGGUGAAAAUGCUAACUGCACUAACACAGAGGGAAGUUACUAUUGUAUGUGUGCACCUGGUUUUCAAUCCAGCAGUAACCAAGUCAGAUUUAUCACUAAUGAUGGAACCAAAUGCAUAGAUAUAGAUGAAUGCAGUGAAUCAGUUGCCUGUGGUGAUCAUGCAGUAUGUGAAAAUGUGGAUGGUGGGUACAACUGCUCCUGCAAGGAAGGUUAUCAGACAUCCACAGGAAAAGCACAGUUCACACCUAAUGAUGGCACUUACUGCCAAGAAAAUGUGAAUGCAGACUGCUAUUUAGAUAAUGCCUGUAUUGCUGCAAAUGUUGAUAAAAUUUUAACAAAAAUUAGAAACAUAGGCCAACUUGUGGCUUUACUACAAGAUGUCUAUAGGAAUUCUGUGAAACAUCUGUCACCAAUGGAUAUAACUACAUACAUAGAAAUAUUAGAAUCAUCACCAUUCCUUGGUUCCAUGAAUAGCACUAACUCAGACAAGGACACCCUUUCUAAUUCAACUCUUGCUGAAUUUGUGAAAACUGUGAAUAAUUUUGUUCAAAAAGAUACAUUUAUAGUCUGGGACAAGUUACCUGCAACUCAUAGAAUAACUCAUCUUACAAAGCUAAUGCAUGCUGUCGAACAAGCUACCUUACGGAUUUCUCAAAACUUCCAAAAGACCACUCAGUUUGAUACUAAUUCAAGUGAUGUAGCUCUCAAAGCUUUCUUUUUUGAUUCACAUCACAUGAAAUAUAUUCAUCCCAAUAUGAAUGUGGAUGGAGAUUAUAUAAAGAUAUUUCCAAAGAGAAAAGCUGCAGAUGAUACAGACGGCAAUGUUGCAGUUGCAUUUUUAUAUUAUAAGAGUAUUGGUCCCUUGUUUUCAUCGUCUGACAACUUCUUAUUGGAACCUCAAAGUUAUGAUCAUUCUGAAGAGGAGAAAAGAGUAAUCUCUUCAGUAAUUUCCGUCUCAAUUAGCUCAAACCCACCCACAUUGUAUGAACUUGAAAAAAUAACAUUUACAUUAAGUCAUAUAAAGACCACAGAUAAGUACAGGAGUCAAUGUGCAUUUUGGAACUACUCCCCUGACACCAUGAAUGGCAGCUGGUCCUUAGAGGGCUGUGAGCUAACAUACUCCAAUGAGACACACACUUCUUGCAGCUGUAAUCAUCUGACACAUUUUGCCAUUUUGAUGUCUUCUGGUACUUCCAUUGGUAUCAAAGAUUAUAAUAUUCUUACAAGGAUCACUCAACUAGGAAUAAUUAUUUCUCUGAUUUGCCUGUCCAUAUGCAUUUUUACCUUCUGGUUCUUUAGUGAAAUUCAAAGCACCAGGACAACAAUUCACAAAAAUCUCUGCUGUAACCUAUUCCUUGCUGAACUUGUUUUUCUGGUUGGGAUCAAUACAAAUUCUAAUAAGCUCUUUUGUUCGAUCAUUGCUGGUCUGCUGCAUUACUUCUUUUUAGCUGCCUUUGCAUGGAUGUGCAUUGAAGGCAUCCACCUCUAUCUAAUUGUUGUCGGAGUUAUCUACAACAAGGGAUUUCUGCACAAGAAUUUUUAUAUCUUUGGCUAUCUCAGCCCAGCUGUGGUAGUUGGAUUUUCAGCAUCAUUAGGAUAUAGAUAUUAUGGCACCACCAAAGUGUGUUGGCUUAGCACAGAAAACAACUUUAUUUGGAGUUUUAUAGGACCAGCAUGUCUAAUCAUUCUUGUUAAUCUCUUGGCUUUUGGAUUUAUCAUAUACAAAGUUUUUCGUCACACUGCAGGGUUGAAACCAGAAGUUAGUUGCUAUGAGAACAUAAGGUCUUGUGCCAGAGGAGCCCUUGCUCUCCUGUUCCUUCUUGGCACCACCUGGGUCUUUGGGGUCCUUCAUGUUGUACACGCAUCAGUGGUGACAGCUUACCUCUUCACCAUCAGCAAUGCCUUCCAAGGAAUGUUCAUUUUCUUAUUCCUGUGUGUUUUAUCUAGAAAGAUCCAGGAAGAAUAUUAUAGGUUGUUCAAAAAUGUCCCUUGUUGUUUUGGAUGUUUAAGGUAAACAGAGGAAACUAUGGACAAUUAUUGCUACACCAUACUAAAAAGCCAAGCUGUGGAUGGCCAAUGCAUGAAAAUGACUCAAACU